AUGAUUCGUGGAAGGGGUCGAGGACGGGGGAGAAUACCAGUGGAAAGGGACGAACCAAGCUCAGACUCUGCUCUUGGCUAUUCUUCCUCUGGAGCUUCCCGUGGUAUUGGCCGAGGACGUGGAGGAAAUCGUGCUUUUGGAGAAUCAGUCUCAGACAUAAUUUUAAGACGAAGGAAUGAAACGAAUCAAGUGAAUUCAGGUCAAUCCGGCCAGAUUCGAAAUACCGGUGUUCGAAGCAUUCGAGGACGCGGACGAGGAUUCCCCACGAAUAAUCUGGGAAUCGAUUAUGCUCAUUCUCUCCCAGAUGCAACUCGAAAUCGAGGAAAGUCCUUUGAUAGCGAAAAUAUUCGGCCAGCGGCUCAACAGUACGAUGAUCCGGAAGAGCCAAAGAGCAUCGAAUUGUCGCAAAUUCGGCAAUAUCAUCAUCGACAGCCACAAAGUGGAGAUCAGGGAAUCAAGCCUUCUGCUGAAAAGGCUUGGCCUGACAUGUGGCAUGGCGAUUCCACUGGCAAAGAAGGUCAGCCGCAAAUUGGCGUCUCUCCGUUCUCUGAAAGUGGCCGAUUUGUGAUCACGGGCGAAUCGAAGAUAGUCACUCACAAAAAGAAAAAACGCUACCAGUUCGGUGGAGUAACGCGCGUCGCAGACGUAAGCGCUCAAGACUCUCAUCAGACCAUUGCCAGAUCUUUGCAAGUUCAAGCGCCGCCAAAACCAAUUCCUCAUUACAUCUUCACGGACUUCGUCGAAAACAGCAGAAACACGAAUCAAUUGUUGAACGAGUUCUGUCAGUUCCAGCGAAAGUCGUUGAAAUUCCUCGAUGUGGCGGCGAAAGAGAGCUACAAAAAUUACUCAAUCAUGGCGAGUGUGGACGGCUUCGAUUACGCCCCGGCUGAGGCGUGGAAGAAAAAGAUUGCCAAAGAAGCUGCUUCUCGAAAUGCUCUGAAACGAUUGCUAAUCGAGUACUACGGGGACAUGGGUGAUUUACCGAAAGUAGAGCAGCUGAAAAAUAUGAAAGAAGGAGACGAGAAAAUCUCUCGAGACCAGGAUCAUCCAACGCGUUAUCGCCCCAUGCCGAGAAUUGGAAUGAACGAGCUUGGAUUGGGCUUGAUUACGUUGUACCCUGAGCCGCACGAAGGAGGACAUGGCGACACCGAGUCAAAUCUGAUCAUCGGCAGCAUCUGGGAGAAAAUGGCCGAGUUGAGGAUUGAUAGAGAUGGCUUCAAAGACGACAUCGUCGCAGUCGUUCUUCGUUGGAGUGGAGUUUUCGCCGCUCGUGAUCCACUGGUUGUUUCGAUCGCGACAGGAAGCCGAAUGAAAGAAGCGACUGAUUUCAAAGAAGAGCAUCGUGAUCUUGCUGGCAAAUGGGGCCGAGUGCUCCAGGACACGUCUCCUUGGUCACUGGCGCGGCGAGGUUUGAAGCGAUAUCUUCUCCACGAAGCGAGCAAGUUUUACACGCUUCAGUAUGAAAACAAGUUUGAUGAAUACUUCUCAAUUUUUGAGAUUCCUGCAAAUAACAGCUCCAGUCAAGUUUUGGCUCUCAAAGAAGGGAUCGAAUUAGUUUAUUUUGCGACAAGUGUUCCAGAAAUGCGAGAUGAAAAUACGCGACUUGACCAGAGACCCGCUUCUUUCAUCAAUCGCAGCGGGGACAAACUUCUCCGAUCUUUGGUGCUCGGUCUGCAAGGAUCUCUUGCUGCUCGUCUGAUGGAGCCCAUCUAUCCAAGUCGAAUUCUUAUCGGCGAAAGACCAGGCUCGACUCGUUCUGCUGACGAUGCUUAUUAUUUGGAUAUGUACAUCAAGGAACAUCUACCCGACGAGAUGGCAGCAGAAUCUCAUGAACUUCCCGGCGUUUAUCACGUCUUCCGUCCGUCUAUUUACCCUGUUCAAUUGAACGAAAAGUUCCCCAAGCCGAAUCCAAAGGCUCGUGCUUUGAACUGGGUCCAUCUUGUACCCUUGCACCAAGAAAACAAGAAGACUUCACGAGAAUUCAUCGAUCAAGCGAGCGGUUACACUAUCUUUAGAAGGAUCGGAGAAGAACGAGAUAGACGAGGGACCUCGCGGCUUAGCAAAUUCGCCCUGUGGAAGCUUUACUUGGAGAGUAUAAAUAUCCGACGAAUGAAAAUCCAGGAUCAGGACAACAGUCAGAGAAUCAGCAAAUACCACGCGAAGGAUCAUCGAUUGACAAAAGAACUGAUCACCGAUGCCUGGAUUGAGAUGGGCUUCGGCGAGUGGCCAUGCGAUCCAGCCGUCUAUGAGUUGGAUGUGGAGCAACCGCGACCUGGCAGAGACAUUUUGCUCUGCGAUGUAUAUUUCCGCUAG